UGUCGUCACUCCCACUUGUCAGCCAAUCAGAAGCAGCGAGAGCUCCACUUAUAAUCGCCCUCAGCCGACCGGAGGCCGAUUUCACAGUUUGGACCGAACAGACAACAUGACCAGGAAACUACAGAGCACGAGCCUGGAGGAUGGCAGGAGUAGAAAGAGGGUUCUCAAACCGGUGGUGGAGAAGAAGAGAAGAGACCGGAUCAACCAAAGUCUGGCGGAGCUGAGAGCGCUGCUGUUGAACCACACGUCGGAUCCACGGCUUCAGAAUCCUAAAAUAGAGAAAGCAGAGAUUCUUGACUUGGCUGUGGAAUAUGUCCAGAAGUGGACACAUGGGAGGAAACUCCGAAAGGACUCCAGCGACAGUCACGUGAAGACUCGUGCUCCCGCGCUGAGCCUCCACCCCCCCCGGCCCCCCGAGUCCAUCGCUCUCUUCGCCGUGGAGAGCGCGGGGUUCCAGCAGUGCGUGGCCCAGCUGAGCAGCUACAUGCACACCAUCUCCCCGGCGCAGAGAAGCGGCCUCAUCGAGGGCCUGAGGCAUCACACCGAGAGCCAGAGGGUCACGGACACCAGGGUGGCCGAAGGUGGAGCACCCGCGGAUGUCAUUUGCACAUCUGAGAGGAAAGAGGAGUCUCCCAAGUUCCCGUCUCACUCCUCCCCCUUUCAGCCCCUCUCUUGCUCCACACCAUUCCACGACUACCUGUCCCCUCCUCCCUCUCCCUGGCUCUCGCCUUCUUUCUCCACUUAUGCUGCCACCUCUCCUCCUUUCCCGUCGUUUGCCUCUCACUUCCCGUUCCCCCCCAGCAGCCUGUCACCUCUGUCCUCCAACACCUCCUUCCUCAGCUUCUCGCCCUGCGCGGCCUCUCUCUCGGGCCCUCCGGCCCUCCACUGCCACCCCCUCCUCACACUGAGGUCCCCUCCACACCAUUCGGCGAGGGAGGGGUCGACACCAAACUCCUCUUGGACCAUGUGGAGACCGUGGUUUUGAUGUGGAGUGGGCCAGAGACUGAGGGACUGAGAACAGAAGAGCCACCGGGGUGAUCUAUGGAUGUGGAGAGGAUGAACAACUCUCCGUGCUGGAAGUGUAUAGUGUACAUAUUAUUCAAAUUUCCAUAUAUUUUGUAUUUUUAUUCUUAAUAAAAUUUGUGCUGAAGCUUA